GCCGACCCGCCCGCACCUCUCCUCUCCCUCUCACACGCCGCCAUGGCCCUGCUGCGGUCCCUGAGGCAGGCCGUGCUCGCCACAGUGCGGGUGCCCGCCAAUCCUCUGGCGCAGCAGGCAGCAGCCCCCGCGUCUCUCCAAUUCUGGCGAGGCUUCGGCGAUGCCUCGUAUCUGGAUAAGAAGGACGUGACGGACCGGGUGCUGGGCGUGGUGAAGAACUUUGAGAAGGUGGAAGAGGGCAAGGUCAGCCCCACCGCGGCAUUUCAGAAGGACUUGGGCCUGGACAGCCUGGACACUGUGGAGCUUGUGAUGGCGCUGGAGGAGGAGUUUGCCAUUGAGAUCCCCGACAGCGAGGCGGACAAGAUUCAGAGCUGCGGCGACGCCAUCAGCUACAUCAGCUCCAACCCCAUGGCCAGGUGAAGGCGGCGGGGCCGCCAGGCGCUGAGCGCCCCGGCCUGCUGCAACCAAAUGCACCUUCCACCAUCGCACCAUACCAUCGUUGCCGUUCCUAUUCCUUGCUGUAAAGUAACGUCCGC